UCUGUCUCUGCCCGGCCCCCACGCCGGCUCCAUUGUGUCUGGCCGGGGACCGGGGUCCGGGGUUCCGGGUGAGGAGUCUCCCCCCGCCCGGAGCCGGGGCUUCCCCCUCCGCUCCGCUGGGGAGAAGGAAAGACUUUCCCGGCUCUCCCCUCCCUCCUCCGCUCCGGCUCCAACACCCCUCAAGUCUCCAGGCAGUUUUGCUUGGGGCGGGGUAACAGCCCUGUUCCUUUCUCCAUCACCUCUCGAUGCGCCCCGUAGUCCUGGAAAAUGGGAGUUUCACUGGCCAGUUGGUGGAGCUUGAAGACGUGGUAUUCAAGUUAUCGGUUUACAUUUUGAACAAGUUGAAAUCAUCGCAGAAGGAUAAAGUUCGUCAGUUUAUGAUCUUCACACAAUCUAGUGAAAAAACAGCAGUAAGUUGUCUGUCUCAAAAUGACUGGAAGUUAGAUGUUGCAACAGACAAUUUUUUCCAAAAUCCUGAACUUUAUAUACGAGAGAGUGUAAAAGGAUCAUUGGACAGGAAGAAGUUAGAACAACUAUACAAUAGAUACAAAGAUCCUCAAGAUGAAAAUAAAAUUGGAAUAGAUGGUAUACAGCAGUUCUGUGAUGACCUGGCACUGGAUCCAGCCAGCAUUAGUGUGUUGAUCAUCGCGUGGAAGUUCAGAGCAGCAACACAGUGCGAGUUCUCCAAACAGGAGUUCAUGGACGGCAUGACAGAAUUAGGAUGUGACAGCAUAGAAAAACUAAAGGCCCAGAUACCCAAGAUGGAACAAGAAUUGAAAGAACCAGGACGAUUUAAGGAUUUUUACCAGUUUACUUUUAAUUUUGCAAAGAAUCCAGGACAAAAAGGAUUAGAUCUAGAAAUGGCCAUUGCCUACUGGAAUUUAGUGCUUAAUGGAAGAUUUAAAUUCUUAGACUUAUGGAAUAAAUUUUUGUUGGAACAUCAUAAACGAUCAAUACCAAAAGAUACUUGGAAUCUUCUUUUAGACUUCAGUACAAUGAUUGCAGAUGACAUGUCUAAUUAUGAUGAAGAAGGAGCAUGGCCUGUUCUUAUUGAUGACUUUGUGGAAUUUGCACGCCCUCAAAUUGCUGGGACAAAAAGUACAACAGUGUAGCACUAAAGGAACCUUCUAGAAUGUACAUAGUCUGUACAAUAAAUACAAUGGAAAAUUGCACAGUCAAUUUCUGCUGGCUGGACUGAACUGAAGAUCAAUCCUCACAAUUCAGACUGAGGGUUGAGACAAAACUUUAAGGAUACAUCUUGGACCAUAUCGUAUUUCAUUCUUCUAAUGGUGGUUUGGGCUUGUCUUCUAGUCUGGGCCGCUCUAAACAUUUAUUAUUCCAACAUUGUGGAUUUCAUCUUAUAUCUGUGGACCAUCCUAGUUUAUUCUCCCAUAAGUCUUAGAAGCUUUAUGGUGAUUAUUUUGAAGUUUCCAUUCUUGCAUAAAGCACAAUGCUGUCUUCAUCAGAAAACAGUUUGGCAUAAGAAUUAAACAUGUGAACAUCACAGUU